AAAAAUCUAAAUAUACAGAGGUAUGGAAAUGGGAUUGACGACGAGCUAGCUUUGGAAGCUGGAGGAGACUAUACUCGGGACAUUGGUUAUCUCCAGUUUUCUAAGUACAAUAACCAAAGCGACAACUUGCUCAAUCGAGUUUGGUACCAACCGGAAGAAAUCUUUCCGGUCACCGGAACUCCGGAAGUCCGGGAUCACGUCUUCUGGAUUCCCGUUGACAAGUCCUACUUGGAUCUUGCACGCCAACUCCAGGACACGAAACUAAUACAAUGCGUGAAUACUACGUGUCUCUCUCGACCACCGAAGGUAACAAUCGUUGACCGCGGGGUGAGUGCAAGUGUCUUCGUCGACAACGCCGCUUACCGGAAUUUCCUGCGCUCCAAAUUCAACGCCACCUCGAUCGACAUGGAAAGCGCCGCCGUUGCUCUUAUCUGCUACCAGCAAACCCUCCCUUUUGUCGUCAUCCGUUCCCUAUCCGAUCUUGCUGGCGGCGGCUCCGACAUUUCCAACGAGGCCGACUUGUUUGGUAGCCUCGCCGCGCAAAACUCGGUCGAUGUUCUCGUGAAGUUCGUUGGUUUGUUACCUACACACAAAAGCAAGACUCAUCCAUAAUAAUAAGUGGAUGUGGAUGUGUAUUUUCAUAAAAGAUAACGUAACGUCAAACAACGAGAUGUAUCUGCCUUUUUCAAUAAUAAGACAUUCGGACUUUCAGACUUAGACCCAGAAAAGUCAUUCAGACACUUUUAUUUUAUUUAUAUUGAGUUUUUUCACAACUCCAGCCAUAAGCGAUGCAAUCAAUUUUAGAAGAUGAACAUAGAUUGAGUGAGUGAGAGGUUACGUCGGACUCUUUAACUUGGCGUUGAUACUCCUCCUCUUCGUCAGAGGCCAAUUCAUCCUCUUCACUUAGGGGCUGACUG